AUGGAGCAGAGUCCACUCACGCAACAAUCGAGGCCAGACACCUUCGAGCCUAAAGUGGUCGGCUUGUAUAGAUAUCUAUUCAGAGACCACGAGGACGAUGAGAAGGACGAUGCUUUCUGGACAACUUUGUUCCUGCUCAAGCCAGACGUGACCUCGCUGAAAGCGAUCCUCGAAAAUACCGAUGUGGAUUUCCUGUUGCUUCACCAGAAGCAUCUACCGCAACAAUUCAUUUUGAAUGCCUUGGAUGUAGUCAAGGCUGGGAAAGGUCCUGCCGAUGAGAAUGCACUAGAGACAUUGACAGUGUUCUUCGCUGUUGUGCUAUCGAAGCGAUUCACCAAUCCCAGCUCGGACGUGAUCGAAGUGCUGGCAGGUCUCGACAACGUCGAUACCGUCUUCUUCGAACUCGUUGGAACUCUGGACCAUGCUAUCAAAGAUGGGCGAACCACCGAGCUGCGGCAAAAGGCCGUUCGGAUGGCGAUUGCAAUCGUCGCCGGUGGCUAUCAGACUGCGUUGGUGUCUUACUUCGUGCAAAAGGACUUCUUUCCGGCACUCAUGAAGCUUCUUCACCAGCUGGACAAUCCUCUGCAGGCCUCCGAACCACUCUUGUUGACUGGUCUACUGGCCAAUUACAACAAGUUCGAGUCAAACAACCAGUACCGAACCCGCUUCGCCGACUUCGUCAACGAAGAGACCAUGGUCAGAGUUAUCGAAAGCGUGGCGUGGACUACUACUGUGCUUCGAGAGCGUUAUAUUGCCAUUCAGGACGACACGCCCGUCGGAUGGAGCAUAGGCAGCACACUAUCCUACGUGGGCCUUGGGGCGUUGGCGGGUGCGAAACCGGCCCCGAUUGCGUUGACUGAAGAGCAGCAAAAAGAAGCAUUCGCUAAACAGCCUGCCAGCGAGGCGGCGACAUUGCUCGCGAUUUACGAUUUUGCUCUCUCGAACAAGCUGUUCUGCCAUCACCUCAUCUCACUCCCUCCCGCUGCAAAAAGUCAAGAUGCAUCAUUCAGCAGUUUCCUGUCAUUGUCAUCAUAUCUCGGGAAUCAUGCGUACAGAAGUGCUCGAGCUAGCUCCUACGCGUACUUGACGCUGUUGGUCAUCUUAAAUCUGGUCGAAGAUCCCGUACUGGCUAAGCUACUCUGCGAAACGACGACAUCCGUGCGGCUGUGCAGACAACGGGCCCCUUUGCUUCCUCCACCCAAGCAUGACCGGCCAUACAUUGCUACCAUACUCGACUUGAUGAUGGACAAUGUCAAUCACAACCUGCGCAAGAAUCUCGACACAAGCUUCUACCGUCAAAGCUUUGCAGUGCUAUCGAGAGUAGUGGCCUUUUUAGCGAAAUCGCACACCAAGCUCUCGUAUCACUGGUCUGAGCUCUGGCGAUCAACUCUGUCGUUCGUACGCUUCUUGACGACAUAUGCAGACGACCUACAAAGGUUGCCGGCCAUCCUGGGACUUGUCGAUGACUCCGUAGAGUUGCUAUCUAUCGCCCUCUCUAAUGGUGAAGCAUUCCUGCCAGAUGCUGGCGCUUAUGAUGACCUCUUCUACAAGCUUGUCGAGUCUGGCGAUGCUUUGACAAAACUUCGGAAUGCGUAUGGCCUGGCUAAGCCCAAGGAGAACAAGCCGAUCAACACACUGAUCGGCGUGUCGAAGCACUACCAGGAGCUUAUUGAAUCGCACAAGAGCAAGAGCAUCAUCCUGACGCCCAGAGAAGUCAACAAGAUUAUCAAACAAGGUUACGAUACUCUCACAAUUGAGACAAGGGACAGUCCUGAGCAACCGACCGAGAAGUAUCGAGAGGCCGAUCAUAAGGUUGCACUGAAAAAGAUGGCUCGAGUUGCUGUUCUGGAUGCAGCUUCGUUGGUAUCAUAG